GGCUUGCCGCUCAUUCUGACGCUCGCUGUUGAACCGUACGGACGCUCUCGCGGCUUUCGCGUUAUUGUUGGUUGGCUCGAUUAACGUUGGAUUAAAAAAACGAUCGUGAAGUUGUUAGUAAAUAAUAAGAAACACCUGAUAUACGUCCAUAUAAAAACCAUUGAGUUUAAUUUAGAAAACCUCUUAAUUUAAGUGAAAAAUUCUAUAAAUCAAACCGUGCUUGUGACUUGCAAACGUUGGUAAAAGCAACAAAAGUGCCUUUUCUCUUACUCUUGCAAACGUACAAAUACUCUCACAUAGCCGUGUGUAUGUGUGAGCCCACGACGGGUUGGUAACAAAUACAAGUACAAGCUGUUUGAACAACGCGCUCUCAGCCAUUGUCUGUGUGUGUGCGCGCUUGCGUGUGUGUGAAACCACUUUUUACCUGGAUUUACCUGUUUGUGCUUGUGCGAGUGAAAUAAGCCGAAGAGUCGAAACGAAGCAGCGAACAAAGCGGAGUUGGCAAUAAAAUGAAUACCAAAGCAAUGUCGAAUGAGUGAAUGAUGUUUGAAAUGUACAAGGUAUAUAGUACAUAAAAGUAAAUAAAUGCAUUCUAAUAAAUAAUAUUAAUAUACAUUGCUCUGUGCACUGUGUGUGGCAUUCGAUUUAUUCGAUUCGAUUCAAUUCAAGUGAAUGAUGUUUGUGUGCGAUUGUGUCCGUUGCCAUGAAAAUGCAGUCUAAACAAACGGCGAAACACACGAACACAAACAAACAACAACAAUUGUGAAGCAAAUAGAGAGAGAGAGAAUUCGAGUUCAAUAGAAAACGUAAAUUGAAACUGUGCGGAAAGAGGAAGGCGUAGGUAGAAGCGAGAACCUGCGAUCGUUGUAUACUACAGUCGACUCACACACACACACCUACAUAAAAAUCACCUUAGAUAAAAUACUAAAAUAAAAUACUAGUUGAAAUACUCGGUGAUUCAUAAAAAUAAAGUGUUUGUUGCCGUGAUGAUUUCAACUACAUGAGUUCGUGCUCCCCUAUCUAUACCCCUCCUCCAGUGUAAACAGAAUAAAAUGCAAUAAAAUGUCGUUACAAAUACAAAACAACAACAACAACAGCGAAAGCAACAACAACAACAGCGAAAAUCCAGCACAACAACAGCCACAUCAGCAGCAUAAGCGAAAAUGUCGCCGUCAAAGAAGAAAUUGCAGCAACAGCAACAGUUACAGCUACAGUUACACCUGCCCACAGCCACGCCCACUGACAAGGCUGAUGGCAUUGGCGAUAGUUUUAGCAAUCACCGCCUACUGUUCUCCCGCCCUUCUUGUAGAAGCCAUCCAAGCCGGCUCCAGUCCAAGCUCCAGCUCGAGUGCGUCGGCUUUUCACAUGACGACGAUCGGUGGAUUCACGGGCGACAACCGGAAACCCGCGUUCAUUAACUGCGCCGGAUACGCGCCGUCCGUGAAGGAGGAACAGCCGGAGAAUACGUAUGUGUUUACGGUGCAAGCGGUUGAUCCUGAUCCCGAUCAGGAGAUAAGCUACAGUCUCGUACAAUCGGCGGCAGAUCGAACAAAAUUCAUUAUCAAUCCAAGCUCCGGUGUCAUCAUGACGGCGCAUACCUUCGACCGGGAUGAACCAAUCCACGAGAAGUUCGUGUUUGUUACGGUUCAGGCCACGGAUAACGGUCUGCCGCCCCUCGACGAUGUCUGCACAUUCAACGUGACCAUCGAGGACAUCAACGAUAAUCCUCCCGUCUUCAACAAGGCUCGCUACGAUGAGUCCAUGUCCGAGAAUACAAACCUCGACGCGGUCGUCAUGUCGAUCAGUGCCAGCGACUUUGAUGACGGUAACAACAGCAUCGUCGAGUACGAGAUUCUGCGGGAGCGCGACUUUCAAUACUUUAAGAUUGACAAAGAGUCGGGAAUCAUUUAUCUGCAGCGUCCGAUUGAUAAGAGACCUGGACAAAUGUAUACGAUAAAUGUGCGUGCCUAUAAUAUUGUGCCAGAUCCUCUGCAGGAGGCGCAUAUUGAGGUUCGGAUACGUGUGGUGGAGUCAUCGAUAAAGCCGCCUUCGUUCGUCGAUCCCAUUGACGUGCCCAUCUAUUUGAAGGAGGAUCUAAUGAACUUCUCGGAACCGAUUGUCACACUGCGUGCUGUGUCCAACAUGCCCGACAAGCCGGAAGUGAUCUUCGAGCUGAUCACGGGUCGCACCGAACAGACGAAUGGCAAGAAUACCUUUGUGUUUAACCAAAUUGGCAACGAAGUGACCAUCAGGCUGGGCAAGAGUCUCGACUACGAAUCCAUCACUGCUUACUCCCUGACAAUGAGUGUGAGAAACACCUUUGAGCUGGCCGCCGAGCAUAACAUUAAGAUAAUGGUGGAGGAUGUCAAUGAUAAUAUACCAUUCUUUACGGAAGUCAAGUCGGGUACGAUUUUGGAGAACGAGCCACCAGGAACACCUGUAAUGCAGGUGCGCGCCUUCGACAUGGAUGGAACGCCAGCUAACAAUAUUGUCACCUUUGAGUUGGCCGACAAUCGUGAUCUAUUUGCCAUCGAUCCUAACACCGGCAACAUUACGGCUCUAACCACUUUUGAUCGGGAGGAACGAGACUUUUACAACGUUAAGGUCAGCGCAACGGAUAAUUCUCCAUCCAGUCUGUUUAACAAUGGAGACCAUAAUCAUGGCAAUCAGGUGUUCCGGAUAUCCAUUGGCGAUAAAAACGAUCACAAGCCGCACUUCCAGCAGACAACAUAUCUGGCCGAUAAACUACUUGAGGAUGCCAAUACCAACUUUGAGGUGAUCGAGGUUAAGGCCGAGGAUGAGGAUAAUGCCUCGCAGAUUGUCUACAGCAUUGAGAGCGGCAACGUGGGAGAUGCCUUCAAGAUUGGCCUCAAGACUGGCAAGAUUACGGUUAACCAGCGUCUCGAUUACGAAACGAUCACGGAAUACGAGCUGAAGGUUCGCGCUUUCGACGGCAUCUACGAUGAUUUCACCACCGUGAUUGUCAAAAUCGAGGAUGUCAACGAUAAUCCGCCGGUGUUCAAGGAGGAGUACAGCAAGACGAUCCAAGAGGGACCAAUUCUGUCCAACGAUUGUAUACUGAAUAUUGAAGCAUAUGAUCCGGAUAUCAAGGAUCGCAAUGCCGAUCAGCACAUCGUGUAUUCCAUUGUCAAAGAGGAUCACAAGAAGUUCCUGACCAUCGACAAUUCCGGCUGUUUGCGUCUCAUUCAACCUCUGGAUCGUGAUCCUCCAAAUGGACACAAGAGCUGGCAGGUGUUAAUCGCGGCUAGCGAUCAGGACGGAGUUGGAACGACCCUCAAGUCUGUAAAGCCCGUGAUCAUCACACUGGAAGAUGUCAAUGACAAUGCUCCAUUUCUGAUCAAUCAAAUGCCUGUCAUCUGGCCGGAGAACCGUAAUCCUGGUCAGGUUGUGCAGUUGUUGGCAAAUGAUUACGAUGAACCUCAGAAUGGUCCGCCUUUUGGCUUUGGCAUUGACAGCGAAGCCUCUGCCGACAUCAAGACCAAGUUUAGCAUAGAUCACGAUUAUCUCUUUGCAAAUGUUCAGUUCGAUCGGGAGGAGCAGAAGGAGUACUUCAUCCCAAUCAGGGUUAGCGAUUCGGGUCACCCCAAACAGAGCUCGGUGAGCAUACUCCAUCUCAUCAUUGGUGAUGUGAACGACAAUGCCAUGUCGGAGGGCUCUUCGCGCAUCUUCAUGUACAACUACAAGGGCGAGGCGCAGGACACGGACAUCGGUCGGGUAUUUGUGGACGAUAACGAUGACUGGGAUUUGGAUGACAAGAGCUUUGAAUGGAAGAAUGGGAUACCACACGAACAGUUUCGUCUCAAUCCCAGCACUGGCAUGAUCACAAUGCUCUACGGCACCCAGGAGGGUGAAUACUUCUUGACCUUUACAGUUACCGAGGACGCAGUCCUGAUACCUCGACACUCCGUGGAUGCCGAAGUCACUGUUCUGAUCCGAACACUGCCAGAGGAGGCUGUGGACAAGAGUGGCAGCAUACGGUUCUACAACAUCACCAAGGAGGAGUUCAUUACCGUAAAGCGGGACGUCCAGGCGGAUGACAACUUUUCGCUGAAGGAUCGUCUCCAACUUUCGCUGGCCACGCUCUUCAACACUUCAGUCUCGAACGUGGAUGUCUUCACCGUACUUCAGAAUGAGAAUCGCACCCUGGACGUGCGCUUCUCCGCCCACGGAUCGCCCUACUACGCUCCCGAGAAGCUCAACGGGAUCGUGGCACAGAAUCAACAGCAACUGGAGAAUGAUCUCGACCUGCAGAUGCUCAUGGUCAACAUCGAUGAGUGUCUUAUCGAAAAACUCAAGUGCGAGAGUUCCUGCACCAACGAGCUGAUCAAGAGCUCUGUUCCCUACAUGAUCUACUCCAACAAGAGCUCCUUUGUGGGCGUCAAUGCCUUUGUCCAGGCGCAGUGUGUCUGCGGGUCGCUUUUACCCGAAUCUCCCUGCCUGAAUGGAGGAUCCCGUCGAUACGGCGAGAACGAUGCCUGUGACUGCAUCGAGGGAUUCACUGGACCUCAUUGCGAACUGGUCUCCGUGGGCUUCUAUGGCAAUGGCCACGCCUUCUAUGAGCCCAUCUCCGUCUGCGAUAACACGCGCAUCAGCAUGGAGAUUGCGCCACAGCACGAGCAGGGACUGGUCAUGUAUCUGGGCCCACUCAACUAUAAUCCUCUGCUGCCGCUGUCGGACUUUUUGGCGUUGGAACUGGACAGGGGCUAUCCGGUGCUGAGCGUGGACUACGGAUCGGGCAUGGUCCGCAUCAAGCAUAAGCAUAUUCAACUGCAACCGGGUCGAUCAUAUCAGCUGGACAUCAUCCUACAAAGGGCCAGCAUCGAGAUGACCGUCGACAACUGUCGCCUGUCCACCUGCAUGAGCCUAGGUGCUCCUCAGGGUCCCAAUGAGUUCCUCAACGUGAAUGCGCCUCUGUUGCUGGGAGGUGCUCCCGUGGAUCUAUCACAACUGGGUCGCCAGUUCAACUGGACCCAUGUGCCCAAUCAGCAGGGAUUCUUUGGCUGCGUCCGCAAUCUGACUGUGAAUGAUCGCACCUAUAACCUAGGCAUGCCGUCCCUGUCCAAGAACAUCGACAGUGGAUGUCAACGUGCGGUGGCGGUCGCUGUCAGCUUUGGAAUCGAUCGUAACUUUAUCAUUGCGAUCAUCACCUGUAUUGCCCUGCUGCUGAUCAUUCUGCUGGCCGUCGUGGUGCAGAAGAAGCAGAAGAAUGGAUGGCAUGAGAAGGACAUUGACGACAUUCGCGAGACGAUCAUUAACUACGAGGAUGAGGGAGGCGGCGAAAGGGAUACCGACUACGAUCUGAACGUGCUGCGCACUCAGCCCUUUUAUGAAGAGAAGCUCUACAAGGAUCCUCAUGCGCUGCAAUCGGGCAUGCGUGAUCCCAACGAUAUACCCGAUAUUGGCGACUUCCUUGGUGGGAAGAAGGAGAACUGUGACCGCGACACGGGCGCCUUCACAGUGGACGAUGUGCGGCAUUAUGCUUACGAAGGCGAUGGCAACUCCGACGGCAGCCUGUCCAGCCUGGCAUCCUGCACCGAUGACGGCGAUCUCAAUUUCGACUAUCUGUCCAACUUUGGACCGCGUUUCCGCAAACUGGCCGACAUGUACGGCGAGGAACCCUCCGAUACUGACUCCAAUGUGGAUGACGAGCAGGGUUGGCGCAUCUGAGAAGGCAGAAACAGGAUCAGGACCAAGACCAGAAUAGGUAGCGAGUACGAAAUUGAAAAGACUUUUACGUUUACGAUAAGUUGUGUAGGGCGACGGGACGCCGGCUUAGCCGGAUGGAUCCCAAACUCGGCGAAUCGACGACGUGCCGUGCGCUCUUGAAGACAUUGCAAAUAUAAAUAAUAUAUGUAAUAGAGAUAGUAUUUUUUAUAAUCGAGGAGGAUCAUUGCAAGGGCAUAGGAACACCUCUUUUGUUUGUUAUCGCAAAACGUGAUCUUGAUCUUACGUAAAGAAAUCUAAAACUAAUCUUUAAUUUAGCGAAGAAACUGCGAACCGAACCGAACAAAGCGUAUUCAGCAGGAGGAUUGUUGUCUGUAUUUUUCAACAAAAUAUAGAAUAGAACACACAAAUACAUAUACAUAUUACAAAUACAUAUAUUACAUACCCUUAUGUAGCAUAUACAUUUAAGCUAAAAAUCUAACAAAAGAACGAAGAAAUACACAAAAAAGAAAAAACAAAUUAUGAAAAUCAAUCAAAAUAAAUUCAACGAAAAUUCCUACGAAAUUAAUUAUUAUAAUUAAAUGAAACAGAUGGCAUUUGUUUUCUGCAUAAUUCCAACAUGAACGUUUAUUAUUAUAAUUUAGUUAAUAAUAUGUUAAUUUAAUGUACAAGUUCUACAAAAGGCAUUAUGUUUAGGCUUAGUCAACAAUGAAACUCCCAACUUGCGGGUCUUGAAGCUCGUUGAAACUUCCGAAUAACAAUUAAAAUUAAACUUAAGACAAGUCGAUAUAAUCUAUAAAUUAUAAUUAAUUUAUAUUCAUCAAAAAGAAAAGAGAUAAUUGCUUAAGUUUUCGCUGUAAAUGUAUCUAUAUAUUCUGGAUAUCAAUCAAAACUAUCGAAUCGAAGGGUUUAGCUAGACGCUGUAAUUAUUAAAUAAAAACAUAUUCACAUAUAUGUAGAUAUGACUGUGUGUGUUCCAUAUAUAGAAAUCGAAAUGAAGGAAGAAAACUAAGUUUUAUGUGAAAAUGAAAGAAAAAUAUUUAAUAAUAAUAAAUAAAUGCGAUAUGCGAUAUGUA